UGUUUUCUCAUCAAUAUUGUGUCUCCCUGUUUGUGUGUAUUUCUUGAUAUUUAUAUUAAAAUGGUCGGAUCCAAUUUUGGUAUAAUCUAUGGUCUUACGGGCCCAGCAAACCAAGGAGCCUCGUCAGCUGGCCAGGGAGGAGCAGGCAUGGCUGCUGGUGGAGGAGAACGCGACCGCCUUGCAGCCCAUCUUAGCGACUUUAUGUUGCAAUUAGAAGACUACACUCCGUUGAUACCCGAUGCCGUGUCAGCACACUACCUGAAUUUAGGUGGAUUCCAGGCGGACGACAAACGCAUUGUGCGUCUUAUUAGCAUUGCAGCCCAGAAAUACAUGUCGGAGAUUAUGGACGAUGCUCUGCAGCACUCCAAAGCUCGUACGCACAUGCAAACCACCAACACACCCGGUGGAUCCAAGGCCAAGGAUCGCAAGUUUACUUUGACCAUGGAUGAUCUGCAGCCAGCGCUGGCCGACUAUGGCAUCAAUGUGCGCAAAAUGGACUAUAGCCAGUAGAUCUCUUUGUACAGUAGAUCUCUAUAAAUGUCCUAACCUAUUUUAGUUUAUUCACAAGUCGAGGAAAAGAUGAUUCUUUUAAUAAUAAUAUCCAGACGCUAA